AUGGUUCUUCAACAGCAAAUUGACCUCCUAAGUGAAGAGGUGGUGCUUACCAAGGCUAUAGCUCUGCUAGCCUGUGACCCCCAAUAUAAGUCACUCUGCCUUACCCCCUAUAGGGUCCACAAUCUCUCUGAAUCACGCCUACAGCUCUCUAAGUAUAUUUAUGGUCACUGGAAUCAACAGCUUCUUAAUUACUCCACAUUCCUGACCAAUCAAAUUAUUACCUUAAAUUACACUCGAGCCCUGGUGCUUUCGAUGGACUCCUCCUUCUUCAGCAAGUUAAAGCAGUUCACUGCAAAUAUGUGGAAUUACAGAAAUGAAUCUGACUUCAUCCUGAUAGGGCUGACAGAUUCCAAUGAGAUCCAGCUGAUCCUCUCUGUGCUGUUUCUCCUGAUAUACCUGGUUACGGUGCUGGGGAACACAGGGAUGAUUCUCCUCAUUCGUCUAGAUGCCCAGCUUCACACCCCGAUGUAUUUCUUUCUCACCCACCUGUCAUUCCUGGACCUCAGUUACUCAACUGUCAUCACACCUAAAACCUUAGAGAACCUGCUGACUUCCAGCAAGAGCAUCGCCUUCAGUAGCUGCUUCAUACAGAUGUACUUUUUUGUUCUCUUGGCAGCUACUGAAUGUUUCCUUCUGUCUUCAAUGGCCUAUGACCGCUACGUAGCUAUCCGCAACCCUCUACACUACCCAGUUAUUAUGUCCACGCGAUUCUGCAGUUCUCUCCUUACUGGGUCCUAUAUUUUUGGAGCUAUGGAUUCCUCUGUCAAUAUGUUGUGCAUGAGCACACUGAAUUUUUGCAACUCCACUGUAAUUCAUGACUUUUUUUGUGACACAUCCCCAGUGAUAGCCCUGUCCUGCAGUGACACACAUGGCAUUGAAUUCAUUAUAUUCAUGUUUGCUGGUUCCACCUUACUGCUGUCCCUUACCACAAUAUCUGUGUCCUAUGCAUCCAUUCUCUCUACCAUUUUGAAAAUCAAGUCCACUUCAGGAAAGAGAAAAGCCUUCUCCACUUGUGCCUCUCAUUUCCUGGGAGUCACUGUCUUUUAUGGCACCAUGAUCUUUACUCAUUUAAAACCAAACAAGUCGUUCUCCUUGGGAAAGGAUCAAGUGGCUUCUGUGUUCUACACCAUUGUGAUCCCCAUGCUGAACCCACUCAUUUAUAGUCUCAGAAACAAGGAAGUAAAAAGUGCUCUCAGUAGAGUGAUACAGAAGAGAGAGAGCUCCAAGCAGUGA